GCCGCCAUUGCUUGCCCACUGCCGUGUUGGGCUCCCAUUUCGAAGUCCGCCGCCCGGAGGGAAGGCUGAAUGCUACGCCUCGAUAACAGCGUCCUAGUGCUGUAGGGGCAGCACGUUCAGAACUGAAAACCCUCUCAACGCCAGGCUGAUCGGAAUAGGAAACUACAAUUCCCAAAGUGCAUUGCACCGCAGGGUUGCGGGAAGUAGUGACCACCCACCAUAGAGCCAUGGUACACGCCUUCCUCAUCCACACCUUGAGGGCCCCAAAUGUGGAGGACACAGGCCUUUGUCGAGUGCUGUACUCCUGUGUCUUUGGUGCUGAGAAGUCAACUGAUGAUCCUCGACCACAUGGUGCAGAGAGGGAUAGGCUUCUCCGCAAGGAGCAGAUUUUGGCGGUAGCCAGGCAAGUGGAGUCAAUGUGCCAGCUGCAGCAGCAAGCAUCUGGCCGACCCCCAACGGACCUGCAGUCUCCAUCCUCAGACGAGCCUGUGCCCCUGCAGGAGGCUCCACGAGGUGCUUUCCGCCUGGCAGCAGGAGACCCUUUCCAGGAGCCAAGAACUGUGGUGUGGUUGGGAGCGCUCUCGUUGGGCUUUGCCCUGGUGCUGGAUGCCCAUGAGAACCUGCUGCUGGCUGAGAGUACCAUCCGGCUUCUGGCCCGCCUCCUCCUGGACCACCUCCGCCUGUUGACCCCUGGCUCCAGCCUCCUGCUGCGAGCUGACCGCAUUGAAGGCAUCCUUACCCGCUUUCUGCCCCAUGGUCAGCUGCUUUUCCUCAAUGACCACUUUGUCCAGGGUAUGGAGAAGGAAUUCAAUGCUGCCUGGCCCCGCUGACCCCUCACUGGAAUGGGGCUCACUGAGGGGACAGGGAAGGAAUAUAGAGAUUCCACACAUAGCCAGGGGAAGCUUGGCAUUUGCCUCCUGCCUGACCUGUUUCUUGCUCUGAUGUGCUGCCAUAUCCAGGACACAUGGAUGGGACAAGCUGGCAGCAAGGGGACCAGUGUGAGGGUAGAAGUGGGACUGUGUCUAUUCUCAGGUCACCAGAAUCACAGAACAUCCUGAACCUAGAACUGCCGUCGUGUGAUUUACUCAGACCACUGCAUUAUGUAUGUCCGACCUGACCUAGACUCUGCCUUCCUAAAGCCCCACUAGCCACUAGUGCUGGGGGAUUAGGGGGCGCUGCCUAAAAUAGCACACCUUCUCCUUCCAAAGCCUCAGUCAUUGCAGACUCCCAUCAUGGUGGGGGUGGUUAGGCCCACAACCUGGCAGGCCCUGGCCCCUACCUUUGCAAAUACUUAAGCAACGUCAUUGGAGAUUUUGUUAGCAAGGGCCUCCUCUCAGCUAGCUCCACCUCAGUUCAGAAACACUGUUCAGCAGGGCAUCCUGUAGCUCUUUGUGUGCCAAGCCCUAGCCGAUCAGGUAGGGUUAAGAUGCAGCAUUUGGGAAGUCUGCGCUGGUUGACCUUGUCUUUCUCAUUUUGUAUUAAAAGUGCUGGUUGUGUGACCUCGCCCUUUGUGAGUUUGAUAGACACAUUUUUCUACAAGUGAGUGUCUCUUCGGAUGGUCUAUGAGCUAGGUGUCUACUUCUUGCUCAAGGGUCUCCCGAGAGGUUUCUUGGGCGGCCUCUGUAUCUUGCCCGCCUCCUUGACUGUAGCCUCCACUGGUGGCAGGUCAGUGUGGGCCUCUGGGAAGGAGAGCCUGAGACAAGUAUGUGCAGGUGGCUUAUGUGAGAGGUAAUCCUAGGCAAUAGGAAGGGGAGGCAGCCCAUCAGAUGUGAUUUGAUGAGUAGUUUCAUGCUCAGUCUGGGGGCCAGUGUGUAAGUCACCUCUGAAUUAUCUCACCUGAGGGUUGGGGGCCAUGGGUGUUUGCCCACAUGCUUUAGUCUUUGCUUGUUGUCACAGGGUGUGUAAAUUCCUUGGCUCUUUCUGCUCUCAGAGAGUGGAGCUGAGCCUGCCUGCCAAAAAUAUAUGGAUGGGCCACUAAACACCAGUUGUUAGGAGGUCUUUUAUCAGCAGCUUCUGGUGUUGGCCUAAAAUUAUUCAGUUAAAAAAAGAAAAAUCGUUAUCAUUUUCAUGAUCGGUCUGCUACUGUAAAGACAAGGCUUUCUUGGUGUGGGCAGAAUGGCCUUCUGGGUGGUCAGGGUGCAGGUGGCAUCCCCAUCUCAUGCUUCCCAUGCAUCAGUUGCCCUUGGUCACCCAGGAUGAGUCCACCCACAUGCAUUUAGGAGGCAGCACCGUAAUCAGCCCUUCUGUGUCUGCAGCCAAAGCCACCAGCCAUACUGUAACCUUCUACUACCAGGGAUAAUCUUGGUGAAGUGGCUUUAUUCUCACAAGAACAGGCCCUCUGGCCUCAGGGGAAGAUCCUAAGCUUGCCUGAUCUGAAUUCUUUCUAUUCAAACUGAACAUGAAGGAGAGAUUGGGACCCUUCUGUCCUGGAAGUUGGAAUUGGGCAUGUUCGGUGGCCUUGGUUCCCAUCUCCUGGAGCAAACUGAUACAUGGAGAAUGGAGGAGACGAAGGCCACACCCUGGGGCUGCUGAGCCCCUGGUUCUUGUUCUGGCUGCCCAGUUACUACCUGGGUUUCUGUCACCCCAUGAGCUCACCCAGUGUCCUUUCUACAUUUUUCCACUUUGUUUUUGGAUUGAACCUAGGUGUACUUUAUCACUGAGCUACAUCCCCAGCCUUUUUUAUUUUAUUUAUUAUUAUUAUUAUUUUUACUUUUUUCCCCAGUGAAAGAAAGUUUAUUUUUCCCAACAACAACAAUUAUAAGUAUAGAUACUUGCCUAACUGUUCCAGACUGAUACAAACACAGGUAUUGGUCAAACAAUAGCACAUUCUGUUACAGGGAUAAUUAGUGCUAUGGUCUGUGCCCACAGAGAAAAUAUCCCUAAAUCAUAUGAAUAUAUGGUAGGCAUUAUCAGGGAGCUUCUGUGAACAGCAAACUUUAUGCCACAGACAAAAGCAAGGCUCUAGGUAGAAAUCAAGAAUCUUUUUGUGAUUGUUAGCAAGAACCUCAAUGCAAACUUGAAACCACUUUAGGAAGAAUUACAUGGAACACUUACAAGAGAAGGAGCACCAAGUUAAACUGAUCUAGAUAUGAAGAAAUCUCUAAAUCUUGUGGGUUUUCAUUAAUUCUGGGUCAGGAGAAAUUCAUAAUAAAUAUUAAUUAAUUUAUAAUUAGUGGAAUUCAUAAUUAAUGGGAUAAUAAUUGAUACUAUAUGAAUUUAGAAUUAAGUUUUAAUAGUGUUUUUGAAAUCUGUCUCUAUAUUUUAUUUUUAAAAUAUUUUUUAGUUGUAGUUGGAUCUUUUGUUUUAUUUAUUUUUAUGUGGUGCUGAGGAUCGAACCCAGACCGCACACAUGCCAGGUGAGCGCCCUACCGUUUGAGGCAUAAGGGAUGCUUGGGAUGGUCCUGGAUCAUCACAUACAAAUGAAGAUGUGGUGUCUGCCGAUAACUAAAAAAUAAAUAUUAAAAAAUUC